UUAAUAGCACUCCCUGGCACCAUCCAUAUCCAGGUCGGAAGGGCAUCCUAGGGUAAAAUAUAGUUUCCAUUGUUAAGUUCAUCUUCAUGGUUAUGUGUCGAUCGUCACAUCACUCUGCACGUUGAAGUCAGUCCGUUGAUAUCAAAAGAUGUCUACCACAGCUCUCUCGGAUCUACCCCGUCACCGGCUUGAAAGCGACGAUGACUUCAAUAGGAGGAGGUCGUAUCCCGAUCAGGGUUGCCAGCGGGCAAAGGAUAUCGUCGUCGUUGUGGUGGUGGUGGUCGCCGUCGGGGCGUUGGUUUUAGCCCUGGUAAGCCUCGCCAAACCAGGACAUCUGGAGGUGGAAUAUGAACAGGAGUUCAACGGACAGAGUUUCCCGGGUGGUUUUCCUUGGUCCAACGAUAGAGUAUGGACAUUUGCCAUCGGUCAUUAUGGUAUCAAUCGAGAAUAUUUGGACGAAUCAUCAGGAACUAUAAAGGGCUACAAUGUCGACAUCAUCAAUGCUGUUUGUAAUAUUGCCAACAAGAAUUGCCAGUUGAUAUACGAUGACUAUGAACGAUGUUGGUCUUCUACUGCUGGCAACAGACCACGGGGUGGCGAGGGACUUCUGGGUCGUUGGUACGAUGCAUGUACAGGUUGGGGAAUCAACUACGACCGAUCUAGGACUUUCGCAUUCACCAAAUCGUACAGUAAAACGCCAGGAGUGGGGAUAUAUGUAGCGAAUGCAACAACAAACUUUGAUUGGACGAACCUGAGCGGGCGCACUAUCGGUUUCAUGAACGGAUUUUCGAGCGAUGAGCACUGCUUGGCACGUUACGCUGAUGAUCUCAUACAGGGUUCCAAGCUGUCUGCAUCAGCCAAUCAGAUAAUCUACUAUCAGACGCUUGAAGAGCUGGUAGCAGCCGUCAUCAAUAGAGAUGUAGACGCUGCCUUCUGCUAUGGUGAACCGUUAUUGAGCCAGCUGAAGCUUGUAACCCCGUCAAGCUUCCCGAACCGAUGUGCCCUUGGAGGGUUUGGCAUGAUGACCCGGAAGGACAACACCGCUUUCGUGACAUGGUGGAACGAUGCCUUCGACAAACUUGUCAACACCCAUCAGUACAGGAUGAUAUGUCAGGAUCUGAAGGUAGCACAUGGUCACAUGCCAGGUCAAAAUCCACACGAAAUAUGUCUGUAA